AUGGUGAAAACAAUAUUUGGUUUUUUUAUUCUUUUCCUCUUAAAAGUAGUUAACGGUGACCCUAAAAUCGACUAUUACAAAAAUUUAAUAAACAUCUAUAAAGAAACUUCAGAAUCGUAUAAAUUGCGACAGAACAAUUCCGAAUUCAAACAAGGAUUUUAUUCUUCCGAAAUCAAAGACUUUGGAAAUUUCGAUUUUAUUAUUGUGGGUGCUGGAGCUGCCGGUAGCGUUCUUGCGACAAGGCUUUCCGAAAUCUCUGAAUGGAGUAUCCUUGUUUUAGAAGCAGGGGGUGAAGAAACAGAUUUUUCCAAAAUCCCAAAUUUGCUGAAAUACGUACAAAUGAGUGAAGUAAAUUGGGGUUAUUUAUCAGUACCACAAAGAAAUGCCUGCUUGGCUAUGGUGAAUCAACAGUGUAUGGCAAUACGUGGUAAAUCAAUCGGAGGCAGUACCGCACUGAACGGAUUGAUGUAUGUUAGAGGUAAUCCUGAAGAUUACAACAAAUGGGCUCAAUUAGGUAACCCUGGAUGGUCAUAUAAUGACGUCUUGCCUUAUUUCAUAAAAUCGGAAAAUUCGCAAAUCGAUGGUGAUCCUAGUUUUCACGGCAAAGGCGGUUUGUGGAAUGUUGAGUACGCUUAUCCUCAUUCUGAGAUACUUCCAAUUUUUUUUGAAGCGUGUGAAGAAUUACAAAUACCACUACUUGACUUUAAUGGUUAUAAGCAAAUGGGAGUAACCAAGACCCAAAUAAAUAAUUUAAAUGGUAGAAGACACAGCUGUGGAGAGGCUUUUUUGGAUUAUUCUCGUCACAGAACUAACGUACAAGUUGUCACAAAUGCUCUAGCAACUCAAAUAAUUAUCGAUAAAAAAGCUGCUCAAGGAGUUAUAUUUGUCAAAGACGAUCAAAAAUUUCAAGCAAAUGCUAAUUUAGAAGUGAUUGUUUCUGCAGGAGCGUUCAACACUCCCCAGUUGUUGAUGCUGUCAGGGAUUGGUCCUAAAGACCACUUACGAGAAAUGGGAAUUGAAAUAAUUGAAGAUUUACCAGUGGGACAAAAUUUGUUAGAACAUCCCAUGUUUCCGGGUAUGAUAUAUCAAUCUAAUUAUACCCUCGGCGAUAUGAGUAUGGAUGAGCAAAUUAAACAAUAUUUGAAAGGUUUAGGACCUCUCACCAACCCAGGAAACGUCGAUGCUAUCGGUUUUACAAACGAACAAGAUGGAAUCCCGACGGUAGAGUAUAUGUUUAUUCCGCCAAAUAGUACGUCUAAUAAUAUGAUGCAAAUUCUUAACUACGAUCACCAACUCAUGACUUCGUAUUUUGAUCAAAUAGAUCCGAAAUCAGUUUUUCGUUUUCAUUUAAUUCUACUCCAUGAAAAAUCCCGAGGACAAAUUAAAUUAAAAUCAAAUAAUCCGAUCGAUUUCCCCGAUAUCGAUUAUAAUUUAUUUGACGAAGAUAAAGAUAUUGACAAUAUAAUUGACGGUAUCAACUUUAUUCGAAAUUUGACUCAAACUAAAGCAUUUAGAAAACUCAAUGCCACUCUCAUUGAUAAAUAUCCGUUCUGUACAGAUCUUGACAAGUACUCGAGGCAGUAUUGGGAAUGUCUUAUUCGCUACAUGAGUCAAACCAUGUACCAUCCAUGUGGAACAACAACGAUGGGUCCUGAUAGAAAAACCGCUGUUGUCGAUAGUCAGUUAAAAGUUCACGGAGUGGAAAAAUUAAGAGUAGUAGACGCAGGAGUUAUACCGUUGACAGUUUCUGGACACACAGCUGCAGUAACAGUAAUGAUAGCAGAAAAAAUUUCAGAUGUUAUCAAAGCUUUUUAUACACAAAGCAGUUAUAAAAAGUCGCUUUUUUAUUCAUAUCUUUAG